UCCCACAGUUUCCAGCACUGCCUCCCUUUCUCUUUCCUGCUUCACAUGCUUCUCUCUCUCUAUAUACCAUUUUUGCCCUACACUCCUCUCCCUCUCUCCUAUCCUUUUGGUUUUACUAACAAGUUGUAUUAGGCAGGGAGGUAAAGCCCCCCUGACAACGCAGCAUCUUGUUUGUUUUAUCUCCCACAUCAUCUCCCUCAUCAUCUUGUGCAGACCUCCAUCUUUCUCUCUCCCGCACCAGUACUCAGCAUUUCUCAACUUUCACUUCUCAUCUUCUCUCUCCUUCAACCUACAUACCCCCCAUCUUCUUCCUCACCUUCAUCACAGCUAUCAUAUUCUCCUUCUCCUUCUCUCUCCUCCAUCCUCCCUAUUAUUUAUUCAAGGCUGCUUAUUGAUGGUAUCUUAAUUCUUUUCCCCCCUCUUCUUUCUUCUUCCCUUCUUCCUUCUCUUGCAGGGAGUACAUUUUUUUGCCAGUCUUCCUUCCUGUAGUACUAGUGCUCUCUCCCCUUCUUCCUCUCUGGCUACUUCUUCUCCUCCUCCCCUCCUUUCCCUUCUUUUCCCUCUCCUCCUUUCCUUCUCCGCUCUCUAUCACUGUGAGGUCCGCCUCUCUCUCCUCUUUCCAGUUGUCCUUGCUCUCCCCCAUCUUUUUCACCUGCCCCUCAUGUACUGAUCGUCUCAUCACCUCCAUUCCCCAGUGGUAACAACACGGGGCGACGUGCACGAGUGCGCGUGUCCGGGAGCAGGAGCUGCUAGCAUGCAGCAGCAGCACGGGGGAGGGGGAGGGGGAGGAGGCGGAGGCGGCGGUGGAGGUCCGGCACAACAGUUCGGCGCACAGCAGGUGGAGAUGCCGCCGCCAUUCUCGCCAGCCGGCGGCGCCGGGCAGCGGAUCUCGCUGGCCGAGGCGCCGUCGCCCAUCAGUAGCCGGCCGCCGGCGCCGGCGCAGCAGUACGACGAGCUCGGCGCGUCCAGCGCCGGCGCCGGGAGCUUCGACGCCGAGGGCCUGGCUGCCGCUGCCGCUGGCGAGGAGGGCGCCAGCGGGGGCUCCGCGGGCAACCGGUGGCCGCGGCAGGAGACGCUUGAGCUGCUCAAGAUCCGGUCGGAGAUGGACGCCGCCUUUCGGGACGCCACCCUCAAGGGUCCCCUCUGGGAGCAGGUCUCCAGGAAGCUGGCCGAGAAGGGGUACACCCGGAGCGCCAAGAAGUGCAAGGAGAAGUUCGAGAACGUGCACAAGUACUACAAGCGCACCAAGGAGAGCCGCGCCGGCCGGAACGACGGCAAGACGUACCGGUUCUUCUCGCAGCUGGAGGCGCUGCACGGCACCGCCGGGGCGGGAGGAGGUCCGGCGCCGGUGGCGUCGCUCGCCCCCCCGGCGACCUCCGUCGGGGUGUCCGGAGCGGCGGGGCCGCCGUCGGCCGUGCGCGUGCCUGCCGAGCCGCCGCCUGCCGCGGCGGCCGGCGCGGGGAUGCCGGCGAUGGCGUUCGGCAACCAGAUGAGCUUUUCGACGUCCAACACGGAGGAUUACUCCGACGACGAGGACUCGGACGACGAGGGCACCCAGGAGCUGGGCGGCGGCGCGGACGAGCGCGGGAAGAGGAAGAGGGUGUCGGAGGGCGGCGCCGCGGCCGGCGGCGGCGGGAGCGGGAGCGGCAAGAUGAUGCGGUUCUUCGAGGGCCUGAUGAAGCAGGUGAUGGAGCGGCAGGAGGCGAUUCAGCAGCGGUUCUUGGAGGCCAUCGAGAAGCGCGAGCAGGACCGCAUGAUCCGCGAGGAGGCGUGGCGGCGGCAGGAGAUGACGCGCCUCGCGCGCGAGCAGGAGAUCCUCGCGCAGGAGCGCGCCAUGGCCGCCUCCCGCGACGCCGCCGUCCUCUCCUUCAUCCAGAAGAUCACCGGGCAGACCAUCCCGAUGCCGUCCAUCGCCGCGCCCACCAUCAGCGCCAUGCCGCCGCCGCCGCCGCAGCAUCCGAAGCCGCCUCCGCCACAGCCGCACCCCACGCCCAUCACCUCCGCCUCGCCAGCAGCCCCGCCGCUGGCGCAGCAGCCGCCAGCCUCGCAGCCUCCGCCCGCGCAACAACCGCAGCCCUCGCCGCAGCAGCAGAGGUCGCCACUUCCGGCGACACCGCAAGCGCCAGCGGCGCAGCAGCAAAGCAUCGACAUUGUCAUGACGCCGGCCGAGACGCCGCACGCCGACACCCCCGGCGGGUACGACGGGUCCGGCGGCGGCCCGACGUCCUCCCGGUGGCCCAAGGCGGAGGUGCACGCGCUGAUCCAGCUUCGGAGCAACCUCGACACGCGGUACCAGGAGGCCGGGCCGAAGGGGCCCCUCUGGGAGGAGAUCUCCGCCGGCAUGCGGCGGAUGGGCUACAACCGGAACGCGAAGCGGUGCAAGGAGAAGUGGGAGAACAUCAACAAGUACUUCAAGAAGGUGAAGGAGAGCAACAAGAAGCGGCCGGAGGACUCCAAGACAUGCCCCUACUUCCACCAGCUCGACGCGCUCUACCGCAACAAGGCGGCGCUGAGCUCCUCCGGCGCCGGGGGCGCCGUGCACGCCAGCGCACCGUCAACACACCCGCAGGAGACGGUGACGGUUACGGCCGCGGCGCCCAUCUCACAGACUCCGCCGCCGCCGCCGCCGACACUGCCUUCCCAGUCGUCCCAGCACGCGGCCAAGAACGGCGGCGGCAGCAACGCCGCCGCUGGCAGCGGCAACGGCAACGGCGGCGGCGCGUCCGAGCGCAGCGCCACCGGAGGCGGCUCCGGGGCAACGCAAGCGCAGGCGAGCAACGGCAGCUUCGCGGCCAGCAGGUUCUUCGGCGAAGGCGGCGCCGGCGCCGGCGUCACCGGCUCGGCGGCGGAGAAGAGGACAUCAUGAAGGAGAUGAUGGAGCAGCAGCAGAGGCAGCGGCCGCAGGCGGCGGUCAGCGGCUACAACAGAAUAGACGGCGCGGACAGCGACAACAUGGACGAGGACGAGGACGACUACGACGACGAAGACGACGACGACGACGUCGAUGGCAACAAAAUGCAGUACGAGAUCCAGUUCCAGCGGCAGCACCAGCCGCCGCCGCAGCAGCAGCACCAGAACGUCGUCAGGCCGAGUUCCGGCGGCGGCGCCGGCAAUCCGCCCGGCACCAACGCUCCCAGCACGGCCGCGGCCGCGACAACUACAGCCGGAUCUUUCCUGGGCAUGGUCCAGUGAUCGAUCCAUCCGCACCCAAACAUUUCACCCGGGCCCCGGUGAUCAUCUCAUCCCCCCUCUCAUCCAUGGCUUCCAUUUCUGCCUCUCCUGUACCAUUUGUAUCUACCUACCUGCUGCCGACUCCUCCAUGCUCGUCUAUAUCUCUACAUACCAAAAAACCUAAAACCUCAAGAACUCCCCCCCUCCUCCAAGCUCCGGCAGUUCUCCAUUGCUCAUGCACGCAACAACACCUCGAUCCAUGUCGUCGUCGUCGCUUCUAGCCACCAUAUCGAUCCUCCCAUUUCUUGAUUCGUUGCUGUGUUAAUUACAGAUUUACAGUGGUCACCUCUUUAGGUGUUACAGUAAAAAAUUGGUGAUGUGGUUAUUUAUUGAUUUGUUGUGGUAAUUAAUAAGAACCCUCAAGCUUUGGGGUGUUCGCGGAGAGAGAAGAAGUUGAAAUUGGUGGGGUGAAAACGGCACGUGAAGGCGGUAAUAAGAGCUCGAUCGCGGUUAAAGAGAACAAGCAGACAAGGUGGCAAAAAAAAAAGUGGCAGGUGACGCAGUGCGCUGUUAAUUACUUGGGUAAAUUUUGUGCAUGCUACUACAACUUUACAGUGGGGUAGUUUGUUGCAAGGGAGCAGUGAAACAAAAUUAUGGAAAGGACUUGCUGGUCAUGUGGCAUGAACAAGAACUAGAGCUGGUGCAUGCGGGAGUUUUUUCAUUUUCCUUCCUCAUUUUUCCCUUUCAUUUUCACCUUUUCAUUUUAUAUUUUCCGACCAACUAAACUGUCCAUUAUGAGUUACCUAAGUUUUUUUCUUUCUUUCUAAGAUUAUCGUUACCAAACUUUACAGUGUAUACCUGAGACAUAUUAUAUGUUAAAUUCUUGUUAUCAUCGUCCCA